ACCCCUCUAUCAACAUCUUCCUGACAGAUAGAGUCCAGGACAUAGUGUUAUCCACAAACUCUUUCUCCCCGUCCUGUUCUGUUUUCUGUUCCUGAUGUCCAAAAAUAUCAAAUACGUAGGUCUCGCCAGUCCAGUUCUCUUCUGUCUGCCUUUCUGUAUGCAUGUGUGUGUGAACUGUCGUCAGCUGGUCGUGUUGUUUUAACUGCUGUUCACAGGCCUUUAAAUUCCUCAGUGACAUGUGAUGAGAGAGAGGACACGAGGGGACGGAGACGGCAGGACAAAGGAUAGACGGCGGACUUUGCAGUAAACUGUGAGACAUGGGGGUGUACACACAAAAUGGGGGAACCUUGGACUCUUCAACUCUUAAUAGCUCACUACACCCUCAAGGUACUCGUAUACCUGCCAAUCAGAGCAACAGAAAUCCCAAACCUUCACAUUCAGACGUGGUGUAUGUAGUGGGUGGAUGGAGUAAAGAUGACCCAUUGUGUCCCGUCGAACAGUUUUGCACUGAGUAUAACGAAUGGAAAAUGACCAAGCCCCUCAUGCAUCAACGUAAAGACGCAGGAGUGUGUGCUGUCGACAGGUUUAUCUACAUGGUUGGCGGGGCAGAUGAAAUUACUUGUUUUAGCAGCAUGGAGAGGUAUGAUCCUGGUCAGAAUGUGUGGAGCAGUGAGUUACCUUCUCUCUCCUCCCCAAGAAGUAGAGUGUGUGUUUGUGAGAUGGACGGAUGUCUAGUAUGCAUUGGAGGCUUUGACGGACACACACACCUCAAUUCAGUAGAAAGGUACGAUCCCUCCCGUAAUGCCUGGUCUAAGCUGGCACCUUUGCAACACAAGAGGAGUAGGGCUACAGCUGUGGUUAUGAAUGGCCAGCUCUAUGUCAUAGGUGGAACUGACGGGAACACAACCCUUGAUUCAGUGGAACGCUUCAAUCCAUCAGACGGAUGCUGGGCUCUGUGCCCCCCACUAAGGACCCCACGUGAGGGAGCUGGUAGUGCCGUGUUUCUGGGUCGGAUCUACGUGGUAGGGGGGCGGGAUGACCUGGGUCUGCCACUUAAGACGGGUGAGAAGUAUGACUCGGAGUCCCUCCGCUGGACCCCUGUUAGACCUAUGAAUAACAAGCGAUGCCAGGUGUCAUUGUUGGUGUUCAAUGACUUGCUGCUGGCUGUGGGAGGAUCUGAUGGAGUCUCUGAUCACAAGACUAUGGAGGCCUAUGAGCAUGAAAAUAACUCCUGGAGGCACUUUGGAAGCAUGAGGUCAAAGCAUCCCGGUGGACACGUAGCUGUGCUGAAGGCCAGUUAAGAAAACUGGACAACAGUCUCACAGUGGAGUUUCUGAGAGACACAAGCAGGGGUUAUCUGGAGUUAGUAGGUUAAAAACGCAUAAACAGGGACUAUGUGGUCAAUUUACCAGUUACAGUAUCAUUUCUUGUUCUAUGUCACAUGAUACAAACCACAAUUAUGCAGUACAAAUACUACAUCCACUUAAAUUAAAAAAGAGCCAGGUGGAUUUAACUCACUGAAGGUGAACUGGUGUGACACAUUUGUCAUUUUAACUCUGAAGAUGAAACAGUAAGUUGUGUAUAUGUUCGUUAUUAAUUCUGUUAUAAAGAGACUGUACUGUGUUUUAAGAGUAAUUCAUGUGAAGUUAAGUCUUAUUUGGCUAAUGUCACUGUUUUAAUAUGAGUCUUGGAAAUGGAGGCUAUAGAGUGGCUUAAAUAAAAUGUUUGCAUUGAGA